UAAGAACGAAAAUACAUGUUUGUAUUAACGGGGUGCCAAUAUCUGGCCGGUGCUCGCUCGAUGCACAACUCGAGGAAUUAUGCAAUUUUCACUGGACUGCUCUGCGCAGCACGCUCAAGGCUCGCCAACGGAUCUGCCAUUGACAAACGUUCAUUUCAGAGAGUUGCAGUGCAGCUGUCGCGUAAUAGAAAGCAUGAGACGAAUGUCUCGGCGCUUUUUAAGCCGGUUCAAGUGCAGGCCAAUGUCGAUGAUGAUGAUGUYGGCUCCGAGCUGGUGGGAAAACUGGAGAAGUCAGAAUUGUUGAAGAUUUUAAAUAAAUUUGCCCAACGCCGCGAAAUCAAAGCACUUUGCAGCGAAAAUGGACUGGAUUCUUAUCUGCAGCAGCAGGCCUUCGGCUCAUUUCGCCGCUAUUGCAUCGAGGCUGAAAAUCUGCCAGUUGACGUCCAUAUCACUUUCAGUGAUAUAAUGCAAGGCGCCGGCCAUAUUGACGACAUCUUUCCCUAUUUUUUGCGCCAUGCCAAGACCAUGUUUCCUCAUCUUGACUGCAUGGAUGAUUUGAAAAAGAUAUCAGACUUGCGGCAACCGGCCAAUUGGUACCCAAAUGCUCGAGCCAUAACGCGCAAGAUUGUGUUCCAUGCCGGACCCACAAACUCUGGAAAAACGUAUCAUGCGAUGGAAAGAUAUUUGAGUGCCAAGUCAGGUGUCUAUUGUGGACCACUUAAGCUGCUCGCUACCGAGGUAUACAACAAAGCAAAUGAGCGUGGAACACCAUGUGAUCUUGUUACUGGCGAGGAACGCAAGUUUGGCAUUAGCGAUACCUCGCCAGCAAACCAUGUGGCUUGCACCGUGGAAAUGACCUCAGUCAAUACGCCUUAUGAGGUGGCCGUCAUUGAUGAAAUACAACAAAUACGCGAUCAGCAGCGUGGUUGGGCUUGGACACGCGCCUUUCUGGGUCUCAUUGCCGACGAGGUGCACGUCUGCGGUGAAGCGGGCGCACUGGAGUUGCUUGAGAAGAUAUGUGAGACUACUGGCGAAACGGUCGAGGUGCGUCGAUACGAUCGCCUCACUGAGCUGACGGUUGAAGAUUCGGCUCUGGGUUCUUUGGACAAUGUUAUGCCUGGAGAUUGUAUUGUCUGUUUUAGCAAAAAUGACAUCUAUACUGUUUCGCGAGAAAUCGAAGCGCGUGGCAAGGAAGUCGCUGUUAUCUAUGGAGGUUUACCACCUGGUACAAAAUUAGCUCAAGCUGCCAAGUUCAAUGAUCCUUCGAACAGCUGUAAAGUAAUGGUGGCCACCGAUGCUAUAGGCAUGGGCUUAAAUCUAAGCAUUCGUCGCAUUAUUUUCUACUCGUUGGUUAAACCCACAAUGAAUGAACGUGGCGAACGUGAGAUCGAUACGAUUUCUGUGUCUUCUGCCCUUCAAAUAGCCGGACGUGCUGGUCGAUACCGCACCCAAUGGGAGCAUGGCUAUGUGACGGCCUUUAAAUCGGAAGAUCUGCAAACUCUCCAACGAAUACUUAGCCAAACGCCAGAGCCUUUGAAACAAGCUGGCCUUCAUCCCACCGCUGAUCAAAUAGAGCUGUACGCUUACCAUUUACCAAAUUCGUCGUUGAGUAAUCUAAUGGAUAUAUUUGUGAAUCUCUGUACUGUUGAUGAUUCCCUUUACUUCAUGUGCAAUAUAGAAGAUUUUAAGUUCCUGGCAGAGAUGAUAAAUCACGUACCGCUUCCACUUCGCGCACGUUAUGUUUUCUGCUGUGCGCCCAUCAAUCGCAAGAUGCCUUUUGUGUGUUCCAUGUUCCUGAAGAUAGCACGACAAUAUAGCCGCAAUGAGCCUAUUACCUUUGAUUUCAUUAAAAGAAAUUGCGGCUGGCCGUUUAAGCUGCCUAGAACUAUAUUGGAUCUUGUACAUUUGGAAUCCGUGUUCGAUGUCAUGGACUUAUAUUUGUGGUUGAGCUAUCGUUUUAUGGAUCUGUUUCCUGAGGCAGCCCAUGUGCGGGAGGCCCAAAAAGAACUGGAUGAGAUUAUUCAGCAGGGCGUAUUCCAAAUAACUCGACUGUUGAAGAACACUGAGGCAGGUGUGGAGAGCGAUACCUCGACUUCCCAUAUGCGGCGCAUGACUCACAUAAAGGAGCCACGAAUUCCCAGCGCAUCGCGUGGCCGUCUAACGGAAAGACUCCUUGCACAGGGCCUACUAACCCCAGGCAUGCUCAGCGAGCUGCGUAAGGAGUGGGAUGCACAACAGCUUGCACAGCCAAAUGCAGUAGGCAGCUCUAAGGACCCGCAGGAUGGCGCCACCGACAGUGAUGAUGAUGAUAGUUAUGCGGCAAAUACAAAAAAUACAAAAACUCGGCGAAAGCGCAAAAAGUAGUAGAAAUAGUAGAUGGAUAUAUUUUUGUUGUAGGUAACAUUGGUCGACAUUAGAUCGACGUGUCUGUUGUUUAUGUUAUCAAUUUAUUUUGUAAGUCACAAUUAUGUAAUAUUAAAAUUAUUAUUUU